UAUUUUCAAAGUCGGAAGCUGUUUUUCCGAUUGUCCCACCACCACGUGAAUGCUUUGUCAGCACAAGGUCCGAAGGGUGCAUAUGGACGUUUGUUUUCAACCAACCUGAAACUGUUGAGUAAAAGACUUUAUAAGGGGACAUGGAGAAACGACAGCAGAUGAAAGACGACCUCCAGCUAUGCAUAGACAGUCAAAAAAACGAGCUGUACAGUUUAAGUCGGGACAUUUGGAGCCAACCAGAACUGGCCGGAGACGAGACGCACGCGCACGGUAGGCUGGUUAGCUUCUUCACACAGGACCAAACAUGGACGGUUGAAAGUCACUACAAACUACAGACCGCAUUUCGUGCAAGCUGGGGCCCGAUGGGUGGCAGGGAGGGUGAGCCAGUGCUUAACGUGGGAUUCCUGUGUGAGUACGACGCGUUGCCGGACAUCGGGCACGCGUGUGGUCACAACCUGAUUGCGGAAGUGGGAGCUGCCGCUGCCCUGGGACUGAGAGCUGCUUUGGAAAACCAGACCGAACUCCCUGUCCCAGUCAAGAUAACUGUUCUGGGGACUCCCGCAGAGGAGGAUAUUGGAGGAAAGAUCGACCUGAUGAAGGCUGGAGCCUUCAGUGACAUUGACUUCGUCUUCAUGGCUCACCCAGCCCAGCAGGACGCUUCUUUCCUGCCCUGUGUCGCAAUGGAUGAGGUAUCAGUGAAGUACUGUGGGAAGGCAUCACAUGCCUCUGCAUACCCGUGGGAGGGAGUGAAUGCGCUGGAUGCUGCUGUGCUGGCCUAUAAUAACGUCUCUGUUCUCAGGCAGCAGCUCAAACCAGAGUGGAGGCUUCAUGGCAUCAUCAAACAUGGAGGAGUGAAGCCAAACAUCAUCCCUGAUUUCACAGAGUUACUGUUUUAUCUGCGCACCCCGCUGGUGAGGGAUCUUUAUAUUCUGAAGGAAAAAGCUGAGGCCUGCUUCAGGGCGGCCGCUGUCGCCACUGGCUGUGAAGUGGAGAUAACCUACCCAAGUCAUGAAUACCACAAUAUUCUGCCGAAUGCCACACUUGCAAACCUUUAUGAAAAUAAUGGAAACAUUUUGGGGAUGGAGUUUGAAGAGCAACCUGCCAACUUCUCUGGUUCUACAGACUUUGGCAACGUAUCAUUCAUCGUUCCUGGGAUCCAUCCUUUCUUCUACAUCUACACUGACGCACUUAAUCACACUAAGGAAUACACAGAAGCAUCAGGAGCUGAGAAGGCCCAGUUUUUCACCCUAAGGACAGCCAAAGCUCUGGCUAUGACAGCUGUGGAUGUUAUUUGCUGUGCUGAUCUACUGAGGCAAGUGAGAGAGGACUUCAGGCUGGCCAAACUGAAAGAGAAGAGAUGAUGGCAGGGCAGCAAAACAGCUUUGACAGCUCCAAAGAUACAAUGACUUUGAAUUGUUAGAUUUUUGUAUUGUCUACCUGGCAUCUGCCAAAGGGACAGCAGUUAUGAAUCAGCCUUUUGGCUAACACUAGCAUCUUUACUCCAAUGUUGAUCAAUGUGCAUGGAUCCUGAAAAAUGAAAAAAAGAAAAAAAAAUCAGUCUGAAAAGUUACAUUUUAUGACAGAUCGGAUAACCAUUGCUAGUGUGAUAACAGAACCUUUGUAUUGCUACUGACUGAUGCCAGGCAAAUGGAUAUUUACAUCUUGGAUCCUGUCCAUCAUCCCUAGCAAUGAGCGGAGCAGGUGAGAGCAACUUUAAGUUACUGAUCGCUAAAAACAAACAUAAAUCAUCAGGGGUGGUGAUGAUAACAGCAGUGUUCAAAGUUGUGACAUUUGCCUUGUUUAUUUUUAAAGGUGUGUCAACCACAGAGCUCAGAGAAGAAGGAGAGCUGAAUGAGGACAGUUUCAUGUUAAACAGACCGCAAUAGAUAAAAAUCCAUCACAAUGGAGUGCUAACUGCAAUGGAAUCAAAAUCAAUUUAAAUCAAUAAAAUUGUGCUAAUCAAG